AUGGCAGGUACUAGCGAAGCGGAACCGGGUGCGUUCUUUAUUUGCACUGAAACAUCACCAAGAUGUUAUAUAAUUCAGCCGGUGAACGCAAAUAAUGUGGAUAGAAUGAUGGGUGAUAUGCAGAUGCAAAUGGGUGAAUAUGAAACGCCGCCAACGCCGGCACUGCCUUGGUGGUUCACACCGGAAUGUGAAAACCAAUUGAUGACCGUUUCGGAACCGACGUAUACGCCAGCGAUUCAUACUGCAGCUCCAAUGCUACCACGCCCUCCACCACCUUCGUCUUUAAUUCGCCCACAACCCGAACAGAUCAAGCAACAGCUAAAAGCUCAAUUGGAAUACUAUUUUUCAAGAGAGAAUCUCAUGACGGAUCGCUUUUUGAGAUGUCAGAUGGACAACGAUCAGUAUGUACCUAUUGGAAUUAUUGCUGGUUUUCCGAAAGUUAAACGACUGACCAACGAUUUCAAUCUGAUUGUACAGGUUUUACGAGAAUCAACUCAAGUGCAAGUUGAUGAUUUGGGUGAGCGUGUACGAGCUGUUUCCAAACGAUGCACAAUCAUAUUAAGAGAAAUUCCCGAAAGUACGGAUGAAAAGGAAGUAGCAUCAAUGUUUGCUGGGGGACCACCAUAUAUCAGUUUACGGUACGGUCUCAACAACAGUUGGUAUGUGACUUUUGAGUCGGAGGAAGCUACGCAAAGAGCAUUUCUACAUUUGCAGAAUCUUGGCAAGACGUUUAACAACAAGCCAAUUUGUGCACGCAUAAAAACGGGUGGUGCACCUUGUUCAGAGCCACCUAUCGUCAUUACCGAGAAAAUCGCUCCGGUUGUUCCACCCGAAGCAAUAGUUGAUAUUCCCAUUCCAGCUCCUCCAUCAAUAUCUCCUUCUUCCUCGGCAUCUGCUAUGGCACUUCGAUUGGAAAUUUGUAGCUGCUCUACCUACAAUUUAUUGUUUCCAGAGAGUUUCGAUCUAGGCCAAAUUCUGGCCAGUUACGGUUAUGUGCCACGAGCUACCUUCAAACCAGGAGCCACAGUGGUGCAUGUUACUCCAUCAGUUAAUGUCAACACAAUUCGGCCAUCAACACAUCGUAUACGCACCACAGGUGUACAUACCUCUCACUAUAGAGGAUCAAACAGUCGUGGUCGUGGUUCAGCACCUUUGAAUGGUUCAGUGAAUCAAAGAGAAUAUACUGCGUAUCGUGAGUACAAUAACUGUUCAUAUCAUGUUCAUCAUAAUGUGAAUCGGCGAGGAACUUCUCAUCUAGAAGGAUAUCGCGAUACAUACCGGGAACGAAAUGAUACGACAAAACGAGAUAUGCUACAUGUGGAUACGAAUUGUGCGUCUAGUCGUUGUGUUCCAUCACCGGUGAUAAUCUGUACACCUGAUGAUGAAAAAAAGACCGAAACUAAUGAACAACAGCACUCACCAUCUAUUAACGAAGAUACCAAAUCUGAGUCAAGCAGCCGUAAAACUGAAGAAACUGAAUACAAUUUCGAAGAGGGUGCAUUCCCGUGUUUAUCUGAAGAGGCGAACGAAUUGGAGCUAGCGGAAACAGAGAAGCCUCGCGAAAGACCCUCUUUCAGUUCGGUGGCUGCGGGAAAACGGAAGGAGUUAAAGGAAAAAAGAAGCUACGCUCAGACUCUUAAACAAAGCAACGGGUAUGAAUAA